AUGGCGAAGCUGAAGACGGAUUCUCCGCUGGCUCGUCGAAUUGCCAACUCUAUCCUCCACUUCCUCAACUCCGUUGAGCCUGCAUCUGGUGUUGAUGAAGAAGGACUUGAGGUUGCUAAGGAGUGUUUGUCAGAAGCAUUUAAGAUUGAUUUGUCAUCUAUAGGAACCGUGUCAACCUCCGAGUCCCUGGUUGACAUGUUUAGUUCUAGGCAACAGAUGGGUCGUGUUGUUGGAUCCCGGAGAGAUCUUCCAGGCCCAAGCUCAGCAGGAAAUUCUGCUGCUGCUAAUGCAACACAAUCUCAGGUUGAUGGUAGCUCUGGGCCGGAUCAUUCCUUUGGAACAUCGAAGGAUGAGCUUUUUGGCCAAUAUUUUGGUGCCCUGGAGAAAAUCCACUAUUUUAGUAUGCCUGAUGGGAAUGAUGAUCAGGCUCGGAUGGACAGAGCUACACAUAUUUUCUACAAAGCAUUGGAGGAAAUGCAAAGAUCUGGAUGUGAGACAUUUGAUCGAAGAAACUUAGCAGACACUUUGAAAGUUCAAGGUAACAAGACCAUGCAGAUAAAACUUUACCAUGAUGCUAUAGAGCUGUAUACUUUUGCCAUAGCACUAUGCGAGGACAAUGCUGUUUACUACUGCAAUAGGGCUGCUGCUUAUACCCAGAUCGCAUGCUAUCAACAAGCUAUGAGAGAUUGUCUGAAAUCCAUUGAAAUUGACCCAAACUAUAGCAAAGCUUACAGUCGCCUAGGAUUUGUUUAUUAUGCUCAAGGGAGGUACAGGGAUGCUAUUGAUGAAGGAUUUAUUAAAGCUUUGAGGCUGGAUCCUAAUAAUACUUCCGUGAAAGAGAAUAUUCGGGCCGCAGAGGCAAGAUUGAGAGCUCAGCAACAAAGGACAGGGCAAAAUCAAGGUUCUACUUCAACAAGUCAGCAGUCUGCCAGAUCGAGAAGUCAUUCGGUGCCCCCUCAAUUUAACUUUCAGAUACCAACUAUUCCCGUUGACCUAGCUAAUAUGCUUAGGAAUAUGGCUUCGAGUGUGCCCCAAGGACAAAAUUUUCAAAGUGGGCAAGAAGGGGCAUCUGUUGAUAUAGGCAGCAUGUUUAGGAAUAUGGCUUCAAAUGUGUCCCAGGGGCAAAGCUUCCAAACUGGGGGACCAGAAUCCGUACCCACCAAUAUGCCAAAUAAUCCGGAAAUCAGGAUAGAUGGAGAUGUGAAUCUAGAUUUUGUUGAUGAAAUGCCUGCAGAUUUAUCUGGGGCAUUAUCUGGAGCACUGAGGUCUGUCAGGGAGAUGUUAUCGGGUGGAGCACCUCAAGGAAAUCCAGAAGAACAUAAUGAAAGGGAAAGGCAAUCCCCAAGUUGA